AAUUGUUGAAAGCCACCAGCGUGGCAUCAAGACAAAGGGACUCGUACUCGGUCCCCAAAAGGGCCAACUCAACUCUUGUCUACAGAGGGAGAGAGAGAGAAAAAGGGGUAUAAAGGGAGUGUUUGAGGUAAGAAUUCAGCGGCAGAUCUGCAGCAAAUUCAAAGAAAAAGAUACCAUCGAGGCUGCAUAAAGAGAAAAAAAAGUAAGGGGAAUUAGGAGAGUAUCGUUUUGGAUACCAUUUCAUUUUCUUUUUUACUUACUUCAAGACUUGUUUGUUGUAAGUGUUUUGGGUACAUAUAUAUACAUAUAUACAUAUAUAUAUAUAUAUAUAUAUAUAUAUAUAUAUAUAUAAGCUUAUCAUCAUAUUGUGUGUCCACGUUUUUUUCUCUGUAUUAGAGGGGAAAGGGCUAAGAAGGAUUGAGGCAGUGGAUGGUUUUUUAAAAGGUAAAGAAAAAGAGUGAGAAGAACAUGAUUGAGUGGAGAGAAGGGACUUGUUAUCCUAAGGCUUUAAUGGGAGUGAAUGUGGGUCUUGCUUCUGUCGAUGCCGUUAUUGCAGUUCUUGCUUUUGCUCAGUUAAUGAGAAUUCACUCUCGGAAUACACACAAUGGCUGGACUCGUCAGAAAGUAUUUCACUUGAUGAUUGGAUCUUCAAAUUUGGGUUAUUUCCUUUAUUUUAUUUUGACAAUUGUUGCCGCAUGUAAUGGUUGGAUUUUCUGGUCGCACUCCUGUGGCUUUGUCGUUAUGGCUUUCCCCAAAAUUCUUUUCCUUGCGGCAUUUCUUCUUCUCCUUUCUUUCUGGGUUGAUCUUUGUCAUCAGUCAAAUGAUGAAGAAGAUGAAGAUGAUGUAUAUAGCCCUCGAGAAGCUUUGUUGGAGAAGAACAAGCCAAAUUCAAAUGCUGAUAGUCGCCGAAGAUGCUGCUCUUUUCGUGCUGUCAAAGUGGGAAGCCGCCAAAAAGUUGUGGUUCUGGUUACCCUGUUAGUUUUUCUGUUAAUGUUGGUAGCUGCUGUACUAAUAUGGAUUGGGAGGGGAAGGAACCCUAUUGAUUCAUCUGUUGUGGCUCGGGUGUAUGUAGAUCUCUUUGCCUUAGCAGUUCUUUUGCUGGGAGUGGCAUUGGCAUGCUAUGGACUGGUAUUGUUCUUGAAAAUGAGCAAAGUGAGAUCUGAAAGGGCUUCAUCAGAAAUGUGGAAGGUUGCAGGCUUGGCAGUUGUUUCUGUUCUAUGUUUCACUUCAAGUGCCGCUGUCGCCAUAUUCACAGAUAUACCCCUUCUUUUUAACUGGCAUGGACAGAAGAUAAAUGGUGUUUGUACAUCUCUUCUCAUGGUUUUGUAUUAUUUUAUAGGUUCUUCUAUACCUUCAGCAUUUGUGCUAUGGGUGAUGAGAGAACUACCACCUCCACUUGUCACUUUCAGUCAACAGGAGUCGAGGACAAUAGCUUUUAUAAAUGACAGUUCAGCGACAGUACAGCCUCAGCGAUGGACAGCUGCUGCAAGUGUGCAAAAUCAGCAUUGUGGAUGCAGGUCUCAAGGGCGAGCCCCAUAUGAUCACCGUGAUGGAAUUUGUAAAUUGAUUGGUGAUUUUCAGCUAGAGUGAAGGACUGACAAUACUAAAAAUGAAAGAACUUCUCAGUUGAGUGGUCGGUGUUGUGGUUGAGUGAUCGAAGAAAGCUCAACUCAACGGAUAAAAAAUACCCCUUGCAACUAAGUAAGGUGGUUGCUCAGGGUACACAUGCCUGCAUAACUUGGAUUCUUGUACAUAGCAAUGAACUUUCUAAAUUUUACAGAUUCUUUUUUGUUGAUAUAAUGAGGUUUUAGAUUUUUCUUGCCCUUCAAAGCUUUUCAUCUGAUUAUCCUACAUUAUAUGAUAUAUGGUCUGCCAUAUAAUUCAAUUUGCUCUAGAAAAUUAAUUAGC